CGCAUGCGCAACGACAGCAUUUCCGGGUGCGACAUGUAAUAUUAAGAGGCUGGUGUACAUCGAGGCAUCGAUAAAACAUACGAAACCAAUGAUUCCUAUAUGCCCAGUUGUCUCCUUCACCUAUGUGCCCAGCCGGCUCGGUGAAGAUGCCAAAAUGGCUACCGGCAACUACUUUGGGUUUACUCACGGAGCUGCUGCACAGUACAGUCAGCAGCCAGCAGCGGGGGUAGCCUACACCCACCCUACUACAGUGGCCAGUUACACAGUCCACCAGGCGCCUGUGGCGGCACACACCGUUGCAGCGGCCUACGCACCCACUGCUGGUGCUGUUGCCGUGGCGAGGCCAGCGCCUGUUGCUGUUGCAGCAGCGACCGCAGCGGCCUAUGGAGGAUAUCAGACGACGCAUGCUGCCACUGAUUAUGGAUACCCCCAGCGUCAGCCAGAGGUUCCCCCACCACCACCUCCAGUCACCUCACAGAACUAUCAGGACUCGUACUCAUAUGUUCGAUCCACAGCUACAGCUGUAGCUUAUGACAGUAAGCAGUAUUACCAACAGCCCACUGCUACAGCUGCUGUAGCUGCUGCACAUCCUCAGCCCAGUGUGGCAGACUCCUAUUACCAGACAGCUCCCAAACCUGGGUAUACUCAGGGGGUGACAUCAUACACGCAGACCCAGCAGACCCGGCAGGUGACCGUGAUAAAACCAGCUGCUCCCAGUCCAGCUUCGUCCACGUUCUCCAUCUUCCCAGUGACGUCCACAGUCCAGCCUGUUGCUGCUGCGGCCUCUGUUGUCCCAUCUUACUCCCAAAGCCCAACGUACAGCACGAAUGCUGUCACCUACUCUGGAACCUCGUACUCUGGUUACGAAGCAGCUGUGUACUCCGCAGCUUCUAACUACUACCAGCAGCAACAGCAGCAGCAGCAGCAGAAACAAGCUGUGGCAGCUGUGGCAGCAACAGCAGCCUGGACAGGAAACACUUUCACCAAAAAACCCACCUUCCAGAGUAAACAGCUUCGACCCAAACAACCGCCUAAACCCCCUCAGAUCCACUACUGUGAUGUGUGUAAGAUCAGCUGUGCCGGCCCCCAGACUUAUAAAGAGCACCUGGAAGGCCAGAAGCACAAGAAGAAGGAAGCAGCCCUGAAGGUUUCUCAGAGCAGCAGCAGCGGUGGAAGUGGAGGCGUGUUGGCCCGCAGCGCUCAGAACCAGCUGCGCUGUGAACUCUGUGAUGUCUCAUGUACCGGCGCCGACGCAUAUGCUGCUCACAUCCGAGGAGCCAAGCACCAAAAGGUUGUGAAGCUUCACACCAAACUGGGUAAACCCAUUCCUUCCACUGAGCCCAGCUUGUCCACUCAGACGCUGUCCUCCAGCACAGCUGCUCCCAGUAAGACGUCUGCAGCCACUCUGAGCAGCUCCAGCACCACCAGCUGUCUGUCUGCCACCUCCUCAUCCUCCACCAGCACCGGCGCCCCCUACCUGAAACCCGUCAACAUCGUCAGCAGCGGCACGGCUGCGUUCAAGAACCAGGUGGGCCUGUCAGCCGCCAGCUCCACCUCAGCCGGGAAGAAAGUCAGCACCCCUAAAAUCAACUUUGUUG